UCAGAUUUAAGGGGGGAGGUUUGGAGCAGUCCGGACUCUCGUUGUUAAACAGCAUUUCUCCGCCAGGAAUGGUGCGAACACUUUCUAGGAUUCAUUUUAACUACGACUUUCUUGUGUUAGACCAUAACGACAGGCAACAUAUCGUGUCGAUAUAUUUCGACGGAGAGAGUUGAACAACUUUUGAGACACAGUUUUCCGAGGUGAGGAGACUUCAUUUCGUGGCGUUUUGGGAUAAAGGGGGACUACACGCGCGGUGUUCCUCCGGGAUAUGUUCAGGUUAGCCAGGUGAGAUAAAAGACAUUUGUUGAAAGUGGAAACAAAACACAGCGUCGGUGUUUUAAAAAAAAGCAAACUUAAACACUGUGUGGGAAGUUUUGUUUUUUUUCCGCUUCGUUGAUUAUUUGUUUUUUUUGUUUUUUUUUUUAUCAGAGUGGGGGACGCACAGUCUUUUCUCCUGUCGCACAAGUUUGGAUAAAAUAUGAGCAAACUUGUUAGCAAAACGUCUUUAUCUUGGAGUAAGUGAGCUUCCUUUACGGGCUUUACGUUUGUAUACCUGGAUAUACAGUUUGUCGGGAAGUUUUUUCUACAUCCAAUCUCAGCUCGGGAGUCUUCCUUAUCUGACCAACACUGGCUGUUCCUCAGCCCACCGCCAGUAAGUCCAGCCCUGUGAAUGCCCCGCUGCUGAUGCCAUACCGGUCUGAAUGGAGUUCCAGUCGCAAAAAAGCCAGCGGUUGUAGCUCCCUCAGCAGGAUGCUGAUGAGGCCAACUUUACUAUUGUUUCUGGCUUUAUUCGCCCAAGUUUUAAGGACGCAGUGCCGGCCUGCCAACACUGAUGAAGUGUCAUUGGAAACACAGCCGGAGCUCUUCACGCUUUACCCCGGGGAUCGUCUCGAGCUAGAAUGCCCUGCCAAAGACUCCCUCCAUGCCGUCAACUGGACAAAGGACCAUGUGGCAGUAGUGGACGGAGAACACACACACAUUCGUAACGGACAGCUGGAGAUUGAGACAGUGGAGUUGACCGACUCCGGUCUGUACGCCUGCACCACCUUCGGCAACCACAGUAUCGUCUUCAACGUCACAGUUGACACCCUGGCCUCCAGUGAGGAUGAUGAUGAAGAUGAAGAGUCCUCAUCAGAGGAAGCCAAACUGUUGGGGAGUCAGAAGCUGCUGCCAAUGGCCCCACAAUGGGCUCAUCCAGAAAAAAUGGAGAAAAAGCUUCACGCUGUUCCGGCCAGUAAGACUGUGAAGUUUCGAUGCCAGGCCAGCGGCAACCCUACUCCUACUCUGAAAUGGUACAAAAACGGGAAGGAGUUCAAGAGGGACCAUCGCAUUGGGGGCUUCAAGGUCCGUGACCACGUGUGGACCAUCAUAAUGGAGUCUGUAGUCCCCUCUGACAAGGGAAACUACACCUGUGUGGUGGAAAAUCAGUACGGCACCAUUAACCACACCUACCAGCUCGAUGUAGUCGAGCGCUCUCCCCACAGGCCAAUCCUGCAGGCUGGCCUUCCUGCUAAUCGCACCGCCGUGGUGGGCAGCGACGUGGAGUUUGAGUGUAAGGUGUUCAGUGACCCCCAGCCUCAUAUCCAGUGGCUGAAGCACAUCGAGGUCAACGGGAGCAGAGUUGGUUCUGAUGGGUUGCCGUAUGUCCGUGUGCUCAAGCAUUCUGGGGUCAAUAGCUCGGACGCUCAGGUGCUGACCCUCUACAAUGUGACAGAGGAGGAGAGCGGAGAGUAUAUAUGUAAAGUGUCCAAUUAUAUAGGAGAGGCCAAUCAGUCGGCCUGGCUGAUUGUCAACAGAUAUGAGCCCACAGCUGUACCACACAAUCCUCCAGCCAACCACACCUACCUGGAGGUGGUCAUCUACUGCGUGGGCUUCUUUUUCAUUGCCGUCAUGAUCGCCAUCGUGAUCAUCGUUAAGAUUCGCACCUCCUCCAAGAAGAGCGACUUCAACAGUCAGCUGGCCGUCCACAAGCUGGCAAAGAGCAUCCCACUGCGCAGACAGGUGUCUGUGGACUCUAGCUCCUCCAUCCACUCUGGAGUGAUGCUGGUCCGUCCCUCCCGCCUCUCCUCCAGCGGAUCACCGAUGCUGUCUGGGGUGUCUGAGUAUGAACUACCCCAGGACCCUCGCUGGGAGCUUCCUCGAGACAGACUUGUUCUUGGGAAGCCUCUGGGUGAAGGCUGCUUCGGUCAGGUCGUGAUGGGUGAGGCGCUGGGCCUCGACAAAGAGAAGCCAAACCGUGUGACCAAGGUUGCCGUCAAAAUGUUGAAAUCUGACGCCACAGAGAAAGACCUGUCAGACCUGAUUUCAGAGAUGGAGAUGAUGAAGAUCAUCGGGAAGCACAAGAACAUCAUUAAUCUGCUCGGAGCAUGCACACAGGAUGGUCCUCUUUACGUGAUAGUGGAGUACGCCUCCAAGGGAAACUUGCGGGAGUACCUGCGAGCUCGUCGCCCGCCCGGCAUGGAGUACUGCUACAACCCAGACCAGGUUCCUGUGGAGAACAUGUCCAUCAAAGACCUGGUGUCCUGUGCUUACCAAGUGGCACGAGGCAUGGAGUAUUUGUCCUCCAAAAAGUGUAUCCACAGAGAUCUUGCUGCUCGCAAUGUUUUGGUAACCGAUGACAACGUGAUGAAAAUCGCUGACUUCGGCCUGGCAAGAGAUAUCCACCACAUCGAUUACUACAAGAAGACCACCAAUGGUCGCUUACCAGUCAAGUGGAUGGCUCCUGAGGCUCUGUUUGACCGGAUAUACACGCACCAGAGUGAUGUCUGGUCAUUCGGGGUGCUGCUUUGGGAGAUCUUCACUCUGGGAGGCUCUCCAUAUCCCGGAGUCCCAGUGGAGGAGCUGUUCAAGCUGCUUAAGGAAGGACACCGUAUGGACAAGCCCUCAACGUGCACUCAUGAGCUGUACAUGAUGAUGAGAGACUGCUGGCAUGCUGUUCCAUCUCAUAGACCAACAUUCAAACAGCUGGUGGAGGACUUAGACCGCUGCCUGGCCAUGACAUCCAACCAGGAGUAUUUGGAGCUGUCCAUGCCUCUGGACCAAUACUCCCCCAGUUACCCGGACACACGCAGCUCCACCUGCUCCUCGGGCGAGGACUCUGUCUUCUCCCACGAUGCCGGAGCAGAGGAGCCCUGCCUGCCAAAGUUUCCCCCUCACUCUAACGGAGCGGCUAUUAAGAAACGCUGAUACCUCAUUUCCAUGCAGAAAAAAAAUGGACACUUCCUCCGCUCCCUGCCCCACAUUCCCAGAGAUGAAGCUAAAAAAACACUGGUGCUCUGUGAGAAAUGAGCUCGGAGGACACCUUGAAGAACUUGUCAGAUCACAUGGUUUGACAUCAAGGAGCAGAUCUCUGGUUCUUGGCGGUGCCCAUGUUUUUAUGGGGCUCUUUGUAUUUACAGGAGUGGCGGUUUGUCAGGGUGUCAGAAAAAAAACUUCCACUCCUCUCUCUCCACUUUGGGCAUUUCUCCACAUGAGAGGCACAUGGGAGGGUCAGGAGAAUCAAAAAGGACUGACUGUGAUUGUGUCAGGUUUAUGUUUGUUUUGAUGUUUUUUUUCCCCUGCACGGUUAUUUUGUCAGUAGAGACGGACAAUGUUCUGCUUUUCAGACCAAAUCCAGAGAAAAAACUCCCAACGAACAUGCAGCAAUGUGCUCCACUGCUCUAUUCUUGUAAAUACAGUUAGAAAAUUAUAAAUAUGAAUAUAUAUUUACAUUGUACUCUUAUUUUUAUUACCAUAAUUGAUUUAUUUUCUUUUGUACAAGGAUGCUUUUGUUUGAUCUAUUUUUAAUAUAGUCUGUAGGGGCAGUUGUUACAUGAGAAUAUCGUAAAAAUUGAUGAGGAUGAAAUGGCCAGUUUGUUUUUGCUUCCCCUAAACUUACUGCAUAAUCAUCAAUGGAAAAUAUAUAUAUAUAUAUAUAUAUAUAUUGGGUUUUCUAUUUUUAAACAUUACAUGAUUUUCAUGACACAACCUUUGAAACAGCGUGACUCAGUGUUUGGGUAUCUUCUCCAUCAGAGGAAAUAGAUUUAUAAAAAUUUGUGUUGGCUGUAUGACUGCGUGUGGGGCUGACUGUCUGUAUUUGUAUGUGUAUGACAGGUGUGUGUGUGUGUGUGUGUGUGUGUAAAACUUUAUCUUGUCCCAUUCAAGAUUGUUCACUUACAUCAAAGAUGGUCACAACUGUAAGUGUCCCAGGUUGUAUGCCCUGCUGUACGCCGUGGAAUAAUUAUCUUCAGUCAACAUCAUGCACUUCCACUGUGCAUGCCUCCCAUGUGAUGAACUUUAUCUUUUGCUGUAAAUGCUUUAACAGGAGUUACACUUGCUGCCAUAUAACUUCUGAUGAAGGGUUGCAGAACACGUAUGUCAUCGUAAAAAGGAUUACAUUAAAUAAAAUGCUAUUGAAAAACAAA